CAUCGAAGAUAGCGAGACCAAGUCGUCCUCCUCUUCCUCCCCCACCCAUUUCCUUUUCUUCUCUAUCUUCUCUCCCCCACCCUCUUAUAUAUAUACAUACAUAUAUCACACACAUAUGUAUCUAUAUUAUCUCUUUCUUCUCCGCAGCCUUUGCUAAAUCCACCCUUUUGUUUCCAGCAGCAACCCUAGAUUUUGUUCCCCUGGUUCUUGAUCUGUUUUUUUCUUUUUUCUGCAAGUGGGUGUUUUUUGUUUGGAUUUUUUAUUGGUUUUUCUGUGUGGGUUUGUGUAAAGAUGUCAUCUUUGAGCAGAGAAUUGGUGUUUCUUAUACUCCAAUUCCUUGAAGAGGAGAAGUUUAAAGAUUCUGUUCAUAGGCUUGAGCAAGAAUCUGGCUUCUAUUUUAAUAUGAGGUACUUUGAGGAAAAAGUUCAUGCCGGUGAAUGGGAUGAGGUGGAGAAAUAUCUCUCUGGAUAUACCAAGGUGGAUGACAACCGGUACUCUAUGAAGAUAUUCUUUGAAAUCAGGAAGCAGAAGUAUCUUGAAGCACUUGAUAGGCAAGACAAGUCGAAAGCCGUGGACAUACUGGUGAAUGAUUUGAAAGUAUUCUCCACUUUCAAUGAAGAUUUAUAUAAAGAAAUCACUCAGUUGCUAACACUUACCAAUUUCAGGGAAAAUGAGCAAUUAUCUAAGUACGGGGACACAAAAACCGCCCGUAGUAUUAUGUUGGUAGAGCUUAAGAAACUUAUCGAAGCAAAUCCUCUUUUCCGUGAAAAACUUGUUUUUCCCACCUUAAAGUCAUCAAGAUUAAGGACUUUAAUCAACCAAAGUUUGAACUGGCAACAUCAGCUGUGUAAAAAUCCUAGGCCGAAUCCAGAUAUUAAGACCUUAUUCACAGACCAUACGUGUGCACCUCCAAAUGGUGCUCUUGCACCCACACCAGUCAAUAUUCCAUCUGCCGCAGUUGCGAAGCCUAUGGCUUAUACACCAAUUGGAGCUCACGGUCCGUUUCCGCCUGCGGCAGCUGCUGCCAAUGCUAAUGUUAUGGCAGGUUGGAUGGCAAAUGCUGCAGCUUCUUCAUCAGUUCAAGCAGCUGUUGUUACUGCAUCAACCUUGCCUAUUCUACCAAAUCAAGUGUCAAGUUUGAAACGCCCAAUAACACCUCCAACCACUCUGGGUAUGCUUGAGUAUCAGACUGCUGAUCAUGAGCAAUUAAUGAAACGUUUAAGGUCUGCACAGUCUGUUGAAGAGGUUACCUAUCCAACAGCUCCAGCAGCUCGUCAACAAGCUUCUUGGUCUCUUGAUGACUUGCCACGAACGGUAGCUUUCACCAUGCAUCAAGGAUCAUCUAUUACUAGCAUGGAUUUUCAUCCAUCUCAUCGGACAUUACUUCUUGUGGGUUGUGGUAAUGGUGAUAUCACACUUUGGGAAGUAGCGAUGCGUGAGAAGUUGAUCUCGAAGCCCUUUAAAAUAUGGGAUAUCUCAACUUGUUCAAUGGCUUUUCAGGCAUCUGUAAGCAAGGAGUCACCAAUAUCUGUAAGCCGUGUUACAUGGAGUCCUGAUGGAAACUACUUGGGGGCUGCAUUUGCGAAGCAUUUAGUUCAUGUGUAUGCGUAUUCUGGACCUAAUGAACUAAACCAUCAUCUAGAGAUAGACGCACAUGCUGGUGGAGUAAAUGACUUGGCUUUUGCUAAUCCAAACAAGCAGUUGUGCAUAAUAACCUGUGGGGAUGACAAGUUGAUAAAGGUUUGGGAUAUGACAGGGAAAAAGCUAUUUAACUUUGAAGGGCAUGAAUCACCAGUGUAUUCUGUAUGCCCUCACCAAAAAGAGAAUAUUCAGUUCAUUUUUUCAACUGCAAUUGAUGGGAAAAUUAAGGCCUGGCUCUAUGAUAAUAUUGGUUCAAGGGUUGACUAUGAUGCACCUGGGAGAUGGUGCACUACUAUGCUUUACAGUGCCGAUGGCAGUAGAUUGUUUUCUUGUGGAACAAGUAAAGAUGGAGACUCUUUCCUGGUUGAAUGGAAUGAGAGUGAAGGAGCAAUAAAGCGAUCAUAUUCUGGAUUUAGAAAAAAAUCAGUUGGUAUCGUGCAAUUUGACACAACUCAAAACCACUUUUUGGCUGUUGGCGAAGAUAGUCAGAUCAAGUUUUGGGAUAUGGACAACACAAACAUGCUCACAAGUACAGAUGCUGAUGGCGGACUACCGACUCUGCCUCGUUUGAGAUUUAACAAAGAAGGUAAUCUUCUUGCUGUUACUACUGAGAAUAGUGGUAUCAAGAUACUUGCAAAUGCGUCUGGCCUUAGGUUAUUAAGGUCUGUUGAAGCCCCACCCUUUGAAGCAUUAAGGUCAGCACCAGAGCCAGCUGCAGUUAAGGCUUCUGGAUCUUCUGCUAUUCCAAAUGUCAAUCCAGUUAAUUGCAAAGUGGAAAGAAGCUCUCCUGUAAGGCCAGCUGCCGUUCUUAAUGGAGCUGAUUCUGUGGCUAGAAGCAUGGAAAAGCCUAGGCAUGUAGAUGAUGUAACCGAAAAAACCAAAUCCUGGCAGUUGACGGAGAUUACGGAUCCUGUCCAGUGUCGGCUUGUGACAAUGCCUGACAGCACUGAUGCUACUAACAAGGUUGCUCGGCUUCUCUACACGAACUCUGGUGUGGGCAUUUUGGCACUUGGUUCAAAUGGAAUUCAACGGCUUUGGAAGUGGACCCGAAAUGAACAAAAUCCAAGUGGAAAGGCCACUACCAAUGUUGUUCCGCAGCAUUGGCAACCGAACAGUGGUCUUCUUAUGACCAAUGAUGUUUCAGGUGUCAACCUUGAGGAAGCGUUUCCAUGCAUAGCCCUCUCGAAGAAUGAUUCUUAUGUAAUGUCAGCCUCUGGUGGAAAGGUUUCAUUAUUCAACAUGAUGACAUUUAAGGUUAUGACGACAUUCAUGCCGCCUCCACCAACUUCAACCUUCCUAGCAUUCCAUCCCCAAGAUAACAACAUAAUAGCAAUUGGAAUGGAGGAUUCAACUAUUCACAUCUACAAUGUUAGGGUUGAUGAGGUAAAAUCUAAACUUAAGGGUCAUCAAAAGAGAGUGACAGGUUUAGCAUUUUCCACCAAUCUGAACAUUCUGAUUUCAUCUGGUGCUGAUGCUCAGCUUUGUGUUUGGAGCAUUGAUACUUGGGAGAAAAGAAAGUCAGUUCCAAUACAACUACCUGCCGGGAAGUCUCCUAGUGGUGAUACACGAGUACAAUUUCACUCUGAUCAAAUCCGUCUACUUGUAUCACAUGAAACACAAUUAGCAUUAUAUGACGCCUCCAAGAUGGAUUGCAUCCGGCAGUGGGUUCCCCAAGAUGUCCUCUCAGCGCCUAUAUCUUGUGCCACAUAUUCAUGCAACAGUCAACUUGUUUAUGCAUCUUUCUGUGAUGGAAAUGUCGGGGUGUUUGAUGGCGAUAACCUGAGACUAAGAUGUCGUAUUGGGCCAACAGUGUACCUGUCUCCGGCAGUAGUGAACGGAAGCCAGUCUGUGUACCCCUUAGUCGUUGCAUCACAUCCACAAGAUCCAAAUCAGUUUGCGGUUGGGUUGACAGACGGGUCUGUUAAAGUUAUAGAACCUACCGAGUCUGAAGGCAAAUGGGGAGUAACUCCGCCAGCUGAUAGCGGUAGAAAUCCAUCAUCAUCCACCAGCAACCAUGCAGGGGAGCAGCUUCAAAGAUAACGUCUCCUGUAUAUUUAGGUCGUGAUAGUCAUCCUUUUCAUGAUCCUGUUUAUUUUAGCUGUUUUAGAACUUAGAUUAAUUUGAUUUACGUGUCGACUUAUAGACGAAGAUAGGAUUCAUGUUUAGAGAAGAUCUCAGACUGUAUAAUUUAUUGUUAACCCAGCUUUUUUAUUUAUAUAAUUGUUCAGUUCUAUCUC